UGCAUGCUUAGUGCAUAUGCACGGUAAUAAUAUUAUAUGUGUUUAGUCAGUAACCCGGCAAGCGGCGGUCCAACAGAACGUGUCUACUGAUUGAGUGAUUCCAUGGUGUCAAAACUACAAUAAUUCGGGACACAUUUGUUUAAUUGAGUUGAUUCUCUGAAAUACCACAAAAAAAAAUGGGGAGCGAUAAUCAUGAAUCGGAUGAGGCUCACGUAGCUAUGUUGAAACCAUCACCAGGAGAAGAAAAAAUCAGCAACACUGAAGCCGAGCAGAAAAAGCCAUUUCUAAAACGGCUGACAGUCGAGCCUAUCCUGUUGCCUUACAUAGUUGCCUGCGUUCUAGUAAAUUUAACAAAUCAAAAUUUGAACAUCCAAAAAGCGUGCAGAGUGAACCUAGAUCUCAGUAAAAGAGUGUGUGCUUCACUCGAUCACCAAGACUCUUCCAACUCGUCGGAUACCAGUGAACUUCAAGUACAAAAAUUAGUGGCCAACAUGCUCAUAUGGCAGACCAUUUUACAAAACAGCAUACCGACCGUAUUUGUUAUAUUCCUGGGUUCCUGGAGUGAUCGAAACCGUCGGAGGAGACCUUGUAUGCUGUUGCCACUUUAUGGAGAACUUAUUAAAAACAUUGGCCUUUUUAUUUGUGUCUACUUCUUCGACGAACUACCAAUGCAAGUAUCAGGCCUAUGGCAGUCCCUACCCAUAGCUUUGACCGGAUAUUGGGUAGUCAUGUUUAUGGCAGUGUUUUCCUAUGUCGGAGACAUCAGCACGCUAAAAGACAAGACGAUGAGAGUGGGUUUGGUAAACCUGACAGUGGCCAUAAGUCUACCCAUUGGAACGGCAUUCUCCGGAAUACUGUACAGGAAAUUAGGGUUCUACGGAGUGUACGGCAUCUCGUCAAUACUUUGUAUUAUCAGUAUAUAUUUUGCUUACACUUUUGUUGAAGACAAAAAUCCGGUAAUAAAUAGCAAAGAAAACAAAGGCACAUAUUGGUCUCGAAUCAAGUUCUUUUUCGAUCUGAAACACAUCAUCGAAGCGUUCCGCGUGAGUUUCAAAAAAGAAAAAAAUCAUAGAAGACUGAAAGUCAUAGUGCUGACGAUACUGAUCACCACAAUUAUGGGACCAUUGCAAGGUGAGAAAGGUGUUUCCUAUUUGUUCACCCGUAUCAAAUUCAACUGGACCGAAAUGGAGUUCAGCAUUUUCUCGACGUUUUCAAUGGUCAUCAAUCUCAUUGGAACGUCGUUGGUUCUGGGAGUUGUGAUCAAGAAAUACGGUGCAGACGACGCACUUGUAGGUAUCGUUGCCAGUAUUGGAAAAUUCGUAUCGCAAAUAGUAUUUGCUUUGGCCGGUUCCGAAGUAGUCUAUUAUUUUGCGGCCGCCAUAAAUUUCUUGCAAGGACCAGCGAUCAUUUCACAAAAGUCGAUCGUGAAUAAAAUCAUUCCAGCGGAAGAGCUCGGUCAAGUUACCGCGGUUACCAGCAUCGGCGAAAACCUGGUACCAGUUUUCUGUGGCCCUCUAUACAGUGCCAUAUACGAAGCAACCGUCGAUUACUUCCCCGGCGCAUACUUCUUGCUUACCGCCAGCAUCACGCUGAUAACGAUCGUCAAUUACGCGAUACUCUAUGUACUGCACAGACAAGAAAUUCGAGCGGGUAUUCAUGGCGAGUACACCGACCCAAACCCGGAUGAACAGUCCAACGGCGUGAGCACAAUAAAAUACGGUUCUAUAAAGCCUUCGUUGAACGGCAUUGGCGAAAUGAAACUCCAAUAGUACAACAUAGACUGUCAAUAUUGUUUAUUCACAAGUUCCUAUGGAGCGGUCAAAGCCUGAUGUUUCUUACCUACUUGCCAUUAAGCGAACUCCCCCCCCCCUCGACGGAGUAGGAUAACUAUUUAUUUAUUUAAAAAAAAAAAUAAAAAAAAAACCGCUUAUUAUUUGUUUUAAGAUUUUCACUGGUACGUCCCUAUACCGUAUGAGCUGUGUAAAUAUUUUUUUUUUAUUUAACAAACUAUAAUUGUUUGUUAAUCGUUUGGAAAUAAAUAAAUGCCAUCUAUUGUAUUCAUUAUAUGUACUUAUAAUGGCAUGAUAUAUUAUACUAAAAUAAUAGGUAUUUUGUGUAAAUAAUUGUUGUUUCGCUCAAUUUGUAUAAAAUACAUUUAGAAAUUACAAUUAUACAUUAUUACGAGUCACGAUUUUUUUUUUUAAUAUUUGUAUCUAUAUUGUUAUUCGACGAGGAGCUAAAAAAGCUAUUGUUCUUUUGGGUAUUUACAACGAUUUGUUUCGUGCCUAAUUUCUUCGUGUGUUGAGUUGAUUAAUCAGAAAUCGUUGCCAAAAUAUACUUAACUAGGCCUAAA